AUAAUAGCGAAUGUUAUAUAAGGUACAAAUGACACAAGUCUUAUAAGAAUUGGCGUAUUUAACUAAUACUUUAGUAAAUUAGCAUUAUUAUAUGCUAUAUAACAAUUUAAAUAACAAAUGCAAAUAUAUUUUAGAUCAUACAUUAUCUGUAUCCAAAUUAAAUUUUAUUGCUGGCCAAGGUUGCAAAUAUAAUUCAAUAUGUGCAAUACUACUGUCUAAUCCGCAGUAUUCAGUUGACACCUUUAAUGGUUUUAAAUCAAAAUUUAAUUAUUCAUUGCAUUCAAAUCUGUGGAUGCUGCGACUUAAGGCCCUUGCACAAUAGUGAUAGGCGAAAUUCGGAAAUUUUGUCGCCAUUGCCUGUUCCGUUUUCCAUUUUGCAUUGGCAUACUUUCUAGUGUUGCAAUUCUCUGUUUCUAUUGCCGUGCUAUCGCCAUCGCUAUCGCUUUAUACUAUCGCCUCUGCUAUUGUCUAUCGCUAUCGCUAGAUCGCUACCUAUAUAUUAUGCAAAGGCCUUUAAUUUAUACAUUUUUAGAUUGCUCAAUUUGAACGACAGAGCUUAAGCGGGCUUUAAACGGUCAAUAUUACACAAUAAUAUUGCACAAUAAUAUUGAAGCAGGUCCUAGACGGUCAAAUUAUUACACAAUAUAUUGCUAAUAUGACAUUAUUCUCUCUCUAAACAGUGCAAUAUAGUAACUCUCAAAGCAAUAAUUUAAUUUCUAAGAAAAUGUUAAGUAUACCAAAGCAGCUUAUUGUGUUAUAGCCAUUGCUUUAGCUUGUUAUAAUAAAGAAAAGAAGAGAAGAAAGUAGAUGAAGAAACUUUUCCUUCAAUAUAAUCUACAAACGGUAAUAAUUAAUUGUGCAAUAAUAUUGACCUAGGGCCUGCUUUAUAUUCAAUAUUUGCCGAUAUAUCUUACUGAUAAAUGUUAUUAAUAAAUUGUUGUUAGCAUUCUGCUGUGCGCUUUUUCUUAAUAAAAGACGGAAAGUAGACAAUAUUCCAGCUUGAAUAAUUAUAGUACAAAGAGAUACGAAGAGAAAUAAUGAAAAUAUAUUUAUGGAUAUGCUAUCAAACUUCGCGCGUCUACAUUCGAUAAUAUGGCGUAUCUAGUGUUUUACUUCCGUGCUCCACAUAUGAGGUCCGUUAUCCAAUAGGAAACUUUAUUUUCUGAGAAUUCAAUAAGCGAAAGUAUGACUUGUAGAAUUCCUAGAAAGUAAAAUCUCUCAUUGGACAAAAAUCUGUGGUGCGAAUUCAGCAUUACUUUUAUAGUUCUUUUGAUUGGUACCACUGCGCGAAGCACGAUGUGAAGCUUUUAAAUUCAAAUAUGUCUCGAGCGUCAUUAACGGUGCGCGUGGUUUUGGACAAGUGUUGCGAGACUCCAGUGAAUAUCAGCAAUUAAAAAGAUGCUUACCAUUUCUUAGACGUAAUUUUGCAGUAAAGAUACAUAUAUUUAGUUAGAAAUGGAUGAUCUUGAGCAACAGUGUGAAGAUGCACUGUUUGAAGCUUGCGACGCUCGAGAGAGAUAUCCACUGCAAUGUGUGAAGGAACUUGAGACAUGCAUCAAACUCACUAACGAGAUAUGUAUGACAAAAGUUUUCACAAAACUGGUAAACAAUCUGGAUGUGCCAUCCUUCACAAACGAAUAUUCUACAUUGAACCAAGAGUUCUCUGAAGCGAAUAAACUACUAAAGAUGCAAGAACAUAAAUUGCAAGUAAUGAUUAACAAGAUUGAAAACUUGACGGCUGUUGUGGAUCAAAUUAAAAGAGAUAAGUUGAGUGAAAUAAAAAAACUCUUAUGGGAGUAAAUCUUUUUAACGUUAUUUAGCUUUUCCUUUUGCAAUUGUUUUUAUAUUUAUUAUAUAUAUAAAUUAUUAAGUAUAUUAAUAUAAGCAAAAUUACUUUUCAUCUCAAUUUUGUAUAAUAAGUUUGUAUAAAAUUUUAAAAAUAAUAAACCUGUUACUUUUAUUGUUCUA